CGAACCAGAAAUAGAAAGAAGCAGAGAGCACAAAAAGUAAGAGAGAGAGAGAGAGAUGAGCGAGAGAAAUCCAAAGUGCAAGCGAGAUGCGAAAGAGCUCGAAGCUUCAAGCGAAAGCGUCUCGCCUCUCAAGAAGAAGAAGCUCGAUAAUUCAUCAUCAACGGACUCUCGUGACGUCAUCCUCCCCGUUCCUUCUUCUUCUUCCGUCGCUUUAUCGACGGAAUCAGCUCCAGGUGGAUGCUCUGUUACCUCCGCCGUAGAAGACGAUGACAAGAGCUUGAGCAUCUGCUCCGGCUGUUUUAACAGUGAAUCGAACCAAAUCGCGAAGAAAAGCCCGACGUGUGUGGUAGAUCUGGAGGCUCAUCAAAUCUCGGAAACCGAAUCCUUAACAUUCAUCAUCAGCAAUUUCAGAAAAGAGGAAAAUCCGGUGAGCGAGGCAUUAGGGGAAACAACAGAGAUUGAAUCACCAUCGGCGACGGAUAGAGAUGAUCGGAGAAAACCAGGGGAGGUGGGCAAGAGUCCGACGCCGGCAGAGAUUGAGGAAUUUUUCUCGGAGCUAGAGAAUGAAGAGAAGAAGCGAUUCAUAGAAAAGUACAACUUCGACAUCGUCAAUGACAAACCGCUUGAAGGUCGGUACAAGUGGGAUCGACUUGAGCCAUGAAAAAGGAAGAAAAUAGCUCAUAUGGAAGUACCGAAGAAGGAAAAAGAAAAGAAAAAAUAGGUUUUUCUUUCUUUCUGUUUUACAGUCCACUUGUACAGCUCUCUUCCUUUUCUUUUCUUUUCUAAUCAGUUUUAGUUCGUACAAAAAAAAAUUACAAAUCGAAAUUUCGAACCUUUGAUUAGUACUAGUUACGAUGGUAAUUAAAAGUUCGUCUGGGGUUUUGAUUUCGUGGGUUUCUCGUGUUUACUUUUUUUGAAAAAAAUUUGAGUAUAAAAAAUGGUGUAGGCAAAUUCGUGACAGAGUGAUCAGGUUUUAAUUGCAUGAAUAUGGAAAGGUGGUUCUUGUUUUGGAUUUAAAACAUUGGAUGCUUAUUACAAUAUAUUUUAUCUCAACAUUUUUGUUUGUCUCUUGUCCUUCUUAUUCUUACAUUUUCCCAAAAGAACAUCACUUA